AUGCCAACGUUCUACCCUCCUGUGCCAGCCUACCGACCACCUCAGUACCCACAGUUUCAGCCUCAGGUGUCGGGACUAGUACAGAUACCUCCACCACAACAGUAUAGGCCACCGACCCAAAGGCCUAAUAUUAGUGAUAAAGGGAAGGGGAAAGUGCAAGGACAAGCUUAUACCCUGACAGGAGGUAGUUCUGGAGGCCAUGCCAGUAUUAUGAUGGUUAAGGGUAUGAUUCUAAUAUCUCAUUCUCUAGCACAUGUACUGUUUGAUACUGGUGCUACUCAUUGUUUCAUUUCAAGUUCAUUUGUCCAAACUUUGAAAUUGAAAGCAGAGUGUUUGGAAACCCCAAUGAUGUUGAACUCCCCACUGGGAUGUGUGGAGGUAGCUAGUAUGUGCAGAUCGUGUGAAAUCACGAUUGGAGGUGAGCGAUUGAGAGCUGACCUGGUAAUCCUUCCGAUGAGUCUGUUUAACGUGGUAUUCGAAAUGGAUUGGUUAGCGAGAUACGGUGUGAUUGUCGAUUGUUGCUAUAGGAGAGUGACUUUGAUGACUGAUUCCUGA